AACUCGGUGCAGUCCCGUGCCGACGUGCUUGUGAUCGUCAUGUCGGCGGUGCUGGUCCUGACGGGGCUGCAGUGGGUCACCCUCAAGCCCAGGGACCCCGUGCAAGUGGAGCUGGAGGGGGAGGAGGUGGACUGGCGCGCGCCGGGACUGCCCAAGGCGCUGGCCUCCGAGCUGCAGUGGGUAUGGGAUGCGCUGCGCAGCGCCAGCCGCACCCGCUCGCUGGUGCUCUUCUACAACGGGCACUGCCUGAUGCAGGUGGGGGUGGCGCCGCCGGGCAUGGCCCUCGGCUCCGCCGCCCCCGGCCCCAUCUGCCAGCAGGCCAUGAAGAGCGGCACAGGCAACUACCUGGCCAACCUGGUGCUGUUCCCAGGGCGCCUGGAGUUUGCCGCCUACCUUCCCGCCAACUGCCAGGCCGCGCUGAUCCAGCCGGUGGGGCCGCAGGGGGUGCUGGUGGCUGGCAGCGACACGCAGCGCGGCUACACACGGCUGGACCAGGCCUGGGUGUCUUCGGUGGCCGACAAGCUU